AUGGUCGGCGGCGGUUCCGUCCAAGAAGGUCACAAAGCAACCCCUCCUUCGACCCUAACCACUGAGCUGGCACACAUUGGCCAGAUGGCGUCCCACGAUGACACGUCGCUGCUCGACCAGCUCGACAAAAUAGCUCCUAUAAAGCAGUUUGAUGCAUUUCCAAAGCUCCCCGCGUCCUACAAGUCGCGCACAAAGUUUGGUGGCUUCAUGACCCUCUUCGUCGUCACUCUCUCCUUUCUCCUCGUCCUCAACGACAUUGGAGAGUUUAUCUGGGGCUGGAGCGACUAUGAAUUUGCCAUUGACACGGACCAGCACCGGCUCCUCGAAAUCAACGUCGACCUCGUCGUUAAUACGCCCUGCUCCAUCUUGAGCGUCGAUCUUCGUGACGCCGUUGGUGACCGUCUCCAUUUGAGCGACACUAUCGUGAGGGACGGCACACUCUUUGACAUUAGCCAAGCACACGAAUUUAAGGAACACCAGCGCGUACUUUCCACCCGCGAGAUUGUAGCUGCCUCGAGGCGCUCCCGUGGUUUCUUCUCCAUGUUCAAGGCUUCUCGUCCUCAAUUCCGUCCUACCUGGAAUCACACUCCAGAUGGUGGAGCGUGCCGUGUCUAUGGAAGCUUUGCGGUACGAAAGCUCACAGGCAAUUUCCAUAUUACCACCCUCGGCCACGGAUACGGAGGACACAAUGCCCAUGCUAGCCAUGACAACAUUAACAUGUCCCACGUCAUCACCGAGUUUUCGUUUGGGCCAUACUAUCCCGAUAUUGUCCAACCUUUGGACUAUUCGUUUGAAACGACCCAAGAACAUUUUGUCGCAUUUCAAUACUUUAUCACGGUCGUUCCUACCACCUAUGUCGCCCCUCGCUCCAAGCCACUGCACACCCACCAAUACUCGGUUACCCACUACGUCAAGGAGCUCCCUCAUAGUCAAGGAACACCAGGCAUCUUCUUCAAGUAUGACAUUGAUCCAGUCGCACUCGAGAUUCACCAGCGAACCACGACACUGACCCAGUUCCUUGUCCGCAUCGUCGGUGUCAUUGGAGGAGUCUGGGUGUGCUUUGGCUGGGGUAUCAAAGUUGCCUCCAAGGUGUCGCAAAAGGCCGGUCUCACGGACGAUGAUGACGAGCCCAUCACCGCGGAAGUCACUGGAAUGUCCGCCAAAAAGCGCUGGCGUGGUUCCAACCUCGGACUUCGUCGACGCAACAACGACGACACGGGCAGCAACUGGUCGACUCCAAUGGGCACACCAGCCUACAGCACAUUUUCCAACCAGCCCACCCCAGCGAGCCCCUACGCCACCUUUUCGAACCAAGGCAGUGCCUAUGGAGCUCCCCCGAGCCCAUACUAUGCUCCACCAUCUCGUUCGAGUUCUACUGGUCCUUAUCCUCCGAGCCCAUCGUCUGGUCAGCAAUUGCUCGCGCCCACGUCGCCGUACACGCCUUCUCAUUUCCCCGCAUCGCCCUUACCGGGACAAGGUGGCUUCCCAUCUGGUGGAGGGCUCGCGCCACCCAGCCCUCGUCCUGGUUCUGCGAGCCUUUACCCUCCUGCGAGUCCGAUGAGCGGUGGAGCGGGUAGCUUUGCAAUGCAGCAGAGUAAUUCGAGACCGUCGAGUAUCGUUGGUACCCCUCCUGCGCAGCGAUACACAAGCAAUUUGAGACAUGAGAAGAAGGAAGACUAA